AUGGCAGAUAGAAGAAAAUUGCAAGGUGAAAUUGAACGGUGCUUAAAGAAGGUCACCGAAGGCGUGGAAACCUUCGAGGACAUUUGGCAAAAAGUUCACAAUGCCACUAACACCAAUCAAAAGGAGAAAUAUGAGGCUGAUCUCAAAAAGGAGAUUAAGAAGCUUCAAAGGUUGCGUGAUCAAAUAAAAACCUGGCUGACUUCGAGUGACAUCAAAGACAAACGCCAGCUGGUUGAUAACCGAAAACUAAUUGAAACUCAGAUGGAGAGGUUCAAAGUGGUCGAGCGGGAAACAAAGACCAAGGCAUACUCUAAGGAAGGCCUUGGUGCCGCACAGAAGCUCGAUCCAAUACAGAAAGAGCGUGAUGAAAUUACCAACUGGCUCUCGUGCUCUAUCGAUACUCUUGGCGUGCAAGUAGAUCAAUUCGAGUGCGAAAUUGAAGCACUACAAUUAGUGCAGAAAAAGGGCAAGAAACCUGAUCGGGACAAGACUGAAAGGGGAGAGCAUCUGAAGAAUCGAGUCGAGAAGCACAGAUACCAUGUAAAGCAACUGGAGACGCUGAUGCGAAUGCUCGACAAUGAUACCGUCACAGUUGACCAAAUAAAAAAGAUCAAGGAUGAUAUUGAGUACUACAUCGAGUCGUCUCAGGAGGACGAUUUCCAGGACAAUGAGUACAUCUACGAUGACCUCGACCUUGAAGACAUGAACGCCUUCAGGGCGAACAACGUCGUCGAUUCUACAAACUGCCCCUUAACAAAAAGUGCUUCCACAACAUCUGCCUCAGAUUUGAAAGCUAACAGCUCCUCAAAUACGGCCUCAGUUGAUAACGAUGAUUCUAAUGCUCAAUCGAACUCGUCGUCCACCAACGAUUCUCCGGCACCAAGUCCUAGUUUGGUGAAUAGUCAUUCCAACAACAAGACGACUAACAAUGCAACUAGUGAAUUCGCAUUUACUUCUGUCAAUUCAUCUCCUGUGACCACCACCCCUACAACCACCAACAUCACCAACAAUACCACCACGAAAGUCUUGCCCCCUGCGGUCAACUCAAACACCAGCCAGGGGCAGAGCUUUUUUCCCUCCUUUGCGGCCCAACUGAACAAAAGUGCACUUUCCACCAGCGCGGACUCUGACACCAAAACGACGAAUGCCGAGACUAAAGUCUUGCCGCCUAUGGCAAACUCAAACAGCAGCCAAGCGCAAAACUUUUUCCCCUCUUUUGCAGCCCAACUUAACAAAAGUGCACUUUCCAAUAACACUACCAACACUACCAAUACCAAUCUGAGCGUCAACUCAACCUCGAAUGCAACUUCAAACUCAAACUCCAACACAACUACGAACAGCAAUCCAAAAGUCUUGGCUCCUCUUGUCGUCAACUCUAGUAGCCAAUCUCAAAACUUUUUCGCCUCAGCUACAACUCAUGAGUUUGAAUUUACCUCCUCUAUCAGUUCAUCUCCAGUGGUAUCCACUAAUAACGCCGCCGCCGCCGCCACCACCACUACAACAAACACCAACAUCAAUAUAAACAGCAACACCACCAACUCUAACAUCAACUCCAACACCACCACCAACUCAAGUAUCGACACUGACACUGACCCCUACUCCUACAGCAACAGUGANACCACCACUACAACAAACACCAACAUCAAUAUAAACAGCAACACCACCAACUCUAACAUCAACUCCAACACCACCACAAACUCAAGUAUCGACACUGACACUGACGCCUACUCCUACAGCAACAGUGACGCAAACACAAACUCUAAAGACUUGGCUCCUCUGGUCAACUCCAACAGCCAAUCUCAGAACUUUUCACCCUCCGUUGCAACUCACGAAUUCGCAUUUACUUCAAUCAACUCAUCUCCGUUUCUCUAUCAAAUGCAUUUACUCGAGUCAGCGUAUCGACAUCCGAUCAUACCGCUGGAUUCGCAUCGCUUAAAACCUUUGACAAAGAUGCUGCCUACUGCAACGUCACCCAUGCAGAUAUCAGCCUACCCUACUCAAAUCAUGCCACAGUUUGAAAACCUCGAGUUCUACCAACGUGUGGCACCUGAAACUUUGUUUUUUAUUUUUUACUACAUGGAGGGAACCAAAGCGCAAUAUCUGGCUGCCAAGACGCUAAAGAACCAAUCCUGGCGAUUUCACACCAAAUGUAUGAUGUGGUUUCAGCGGCUGGAAGAGCCCAAGAUGAUCACCGAAGAGUAUGAACAGGGAACUUAUAUCUACUUCGAUUUCGAAAGAUGGCAACAACGGAAGAAGGAAGGCUUUGUAUUUGAGUAUAAGUACUUGGAAGAUAAAGAUUUGAACUGA